UCAGGUGUGGGGCCGUCUCUGGCCCAGGGUGGGUGUGAGGGGUGCGGUCCAGGCCCCUCUGGCACAGCCAGGACCCCAUGCUGACUGGCUGAAACCUCUCCUCCCCCAGGGAGAUUGACGGCGCCCCCCUCCCGGCUGGGCAGGGCUGCCUUGGGCUCCAGGGUCCCACAGCGGACACUGAGCCCUGACAAGUCCUGGUGGCUGCUGUGUCCUCACCUCUGACCCCACCCCUCGGGGGAGCUUGACCUCUCACCCUGUUCCCUGGGCCCAGAGCAAGGAGACCUUUCCCUGCCCCCCAAGGCUUCAGCGGGCAGAGGCGGGGCAGCAGAAUCGCAGCUUGCCAGGGAGAGGACAGGAGGCCAGCCAAUCCCAAAGCCAAGGCCACACCCCUGGCCAGCAUGACAGGAGCGUAUAAAUACACCUGCCAGGACUCACGGCCAGAGAACGCACACCUGCCUCAGUACUUGACACCUGGAGGAGCACACGCAAACCCCUGAACCCCACCUGCCCAGAACACACCUGCCAGGCCAGGGCCGCCGAGACAGCUGCCGUCCACCAGCCCGAGGAGGGACACCUGCCCGGUGAGCAGAGGCUGGGACUGCCUCGGAGGCGGAAGCAGGUGCUGCUGGAGCGGGAGAGCUUGGAGCCUCAGAGCCCGGCUGUGGCCGCCCGGGAGGACCAUGCCCCGGCCCCGCUGACCCCUGCCCACCAGCUCAGAGCCAUGGCAUCAGACGAGCAGGUGUGGCAUACGGCCAUGCCACCCCCCCGCCAGAGCAGCGCCACGGCGACAGUGCCCCGGUCCCUCAGCUCGGCCAGCAGCCCCAGGUCCCCCGGCUCAGUGUGCAGCCCCCGGUCCCUCAGCUCAGCCAGCAGCCCCAGGUCCCCCGGCUCAGUGAGCAGCCCCCGGUCCCCCAGCUCAGUGUGCAGCCCCCGGUCCCCCGGCUCAGUGUGCAGCCCCCGGUCCCCCGGCUCAGUGUGCAGCCCCCGGUCCCCCGGCUCAGUGUGCAGCCCCUGGUCCCCCGGCUCAGUGAGCAGCCCCCGGUCCCCCGGCACCCCUGGCUCAGAGAAGGUGGCCUCCCCGCUGGAGUGCUCCAUCUGCUUCUCGGGCUAUGACAACAUCUUCAAGACACCCAAGGAGCUGUCCUGCACUCAUGUCUUCUGCCUGGAGUGCCUGGCACGGCUGGCGGCGGCCCAGCCAACGGGCCGACCCGGCAGUGAGGCUGUGCCCUGCCCGUUCUGCCGACAGCCCACAGCUGUGCCCGCCACCGGGGCCCCUGGGCUGCGCACCAGCCGUCAGCUGCAGGCCAGGAUGCCGGCCCACCUGCGGCUGGAGGAGCCUGUCUGGUUGGAGGGCACCAAGCUGUGCUGCUGCCCCCAGCCCUCUGCACCUGGCCUCCCGGCCCCUGGCUUCGUGUGCGUGGAUGUGGGCCUCAGCAAGCCCGCCGAGCCCACCGCGCCCAUUCCCAUCCCGGGCCCUGCCAGCCGCCGGGGCCGCCUGGCCCGCUGCUGGGCACGCUGCCAGGACUGGAAGCGCAUGGCACUUGUCACGGCCCUGCUGCUGGUGCUCUUCUGCGUGGUGCUCUGGCCUGUGCACUGUGCGCUCAGGACCGGGAACCUGCACUGCCUGUCCCGGCCUCCGGCCAGCACUGCCCCGGCCACUGUCACCUACGCAGCCACCUUCUCGCUCGGGCCCCUGGCCGACAACUAGAGCUGUCCCAUGGCCCACGUGUGGGUUCCCAGCCCACAGCUGGAGUCACGGGUGCAGCAGCUGCUGGGAGUCAGCUCCCCAGGGCCCCAGAGGAGCCCCAACAUCUCGGAGGACCCCCUUUGGCUCACUGCCCCCAUUCUAUGGGGCUGGGUCCUGAUGGGGUGAACAAAAGGCUCCCCAAAGCCUCCAAGAGUCACAGGCUCCUGUGAGCCCCAGGGAGCACCCCCUCACUGCCACUGUGCAGCUGGGGAAGCAGGCUAGGAGAGACGGCCGGCCAGGCCCCUCCCUGCACACACUGUGAAUGGCCCACAGGGCAGCCCCUCGCUGGGGGGGGGGGGGCAGGUCACCCUCACUUUCACCACUCACCCAGGGCUCCUUCCCCAGACCCUGCCCAGGCAGGGGGGCCCCUUCCAUCGGCGGGGGGCCGACUGUGCCCUCCGACAGGGACACGGAGGAGAGGGGCCGAGAGCCAAGCCUCCCAGUGCCCAUCCCACCCUCCUCAACUGUACAUUUCUCAAUAAAUUGUUUUGUA